AUUGCUACAUGAUGAGAAAUACAGGAGAGUGCAGUCUGCGGCCUGUGACUGUUUGUGCAAAUUCUUUGGCACAUCUCAACAAAAAAAUGCAACUAUUGAUAUUGAAACAUUAGGAACACAUAGCGACGGAAAUCGAGGAAAGUCGUGUUCACAUUUCAUUCUCAUCAGACUUUGAUGAAAGUACAUUUAGUUCUCGCAAUAAUUAACUUGGAGAUGGUGGCAAUCUGGUUAAGGAUAUUCUGAGUACUGUGGAUGUGCGUGUGCAGAGUAUAGAUUAACGUUUGCUUGGUAUGAAAAUGUAGUUUUCGUGAUUUGGUUGAACCAUAACAUUUUUUCGAUGGGUUCUAAUAGUUCGAAAUACACGAAGAAAGCUGGAUCAUCUUGCAAUUCUUCCGAAGAAUGUGCUGAAGAUCAAUCAGCGAGCGUGGUAUCAUCGCCGAGUUCUGUAUUUGUUUUGUCGAGGAAAGGGUCUAUGUACAUAGAUGAAGAUGGUGACCUAGCACACGAAUUCUAUGUGGAAGUCCCACCAUCUAAAAAGGGUUGUAAAGCUACCAUGAAAAGAAUUUUGCACAACCUUAUUCCACAGGGUGAAGUUGCUUAUAAAUUUCCACGCCUUCACGUUGAUUUUCCUAUUAUACUGCAUCAUGUUUGAGUGGAUGCCUGCUGUGUCUUACUGAUUUCUUCUGAGUAAAGGAAUUGUGGCAGAGAUUCGUAUAUUGUCUUGUACAUAUGUAUUAUUUCCUGUAAAUAAGAUAUGAAAGAACACUAUUGUAAAGUACUACGUACUACUUCAAAUAAGUUUUUAAUGACCAUCCUUCCUGAUGCUCCUGCUCAAAUUUGCAACGCAUGUCCACUAGUCAUUUAAAAAAUGGUUGUGUUAUCAAUAAUUUUGUGCAGUUAACAGAAAAUAUAUUGCAAUUCCUUCACAUAUAAUUUACAAACUUGGUGAUGUAGUUGUGUGUAUUUUCUGUGAUGUUUUGAUGUCAGUCGAGGAAUGUUGAAUAUUAAGUUAGCCGUAAUGAGUUUAAAACUGUUUGUGCAUUAGUCUGGAUAAGCUUGUAAAAUUGUUGUUUUUUGGGGAAGGGUAUAUAUUUUUUGUUGAAUACCUUUGAAAAUCUAAAAACAAUUGGCUUUGAGUCAGUUCUUGAAAGAGUGUGAUACAUCUGCAAUUGAAAAUUUCUUUUAUAAUAUUCUUAGUAUGAGUUAACUAGAAAGUAAUUAAUGUGAACAAUUCAAUGAAAAUAAAUUUAAUCUUCACAAUUUGAAAUCUUCCUUGCAAGUUUCUGAGGGCAAAUUUUAUCACAGUAUUGAAAUUUUGAUAUUAUUGAACAGUAUGUAAUGUUUGAUGUUUUGUUCCUAUUGUUGAAAAAAUAUUUUACAUUGUAUGCUUAUUUUAUUUGAUAGAACAAACCACUAGUGUUUAAUUUCUAUUGCAAAUUGUUUUGUUUCCAUAUUGUAUUAUAGAUUUGUGUGAUGUGGCUUAUGGGAAUGUUUUAUAAUCUAUGAUGUACACGUAAGUGUAGUAUUGACAUGAGAGGUAUUUUAUUUUACUUGUGGCAACUCUUACAAAACCUGUGUCGGACACAUUGAUACAGUUAAAACAAAAAUAGAAACGCAUUUUCAUACGAACGUUUAUUAUAGGACUUUAUUCUUCAUCAUAUGUCAAUCUUUAUGAUUGUAUCAAAAUGUCCAUUCUAUUCUAAUUUUAGUUGAUUAAUGAAACCAGAAUUUUUCUCUUAGUGUCUGUGUGUGUGUGUGUGUUUUGUUGUUUCUUUUUUUGACAAAAACCUACGCGUCUCAAGUUGGUGGAAGUUAGAAAGUUAAUACUUUUGAAUUUAUUUAUUUAUUAUAAAAUAUUGGUACAAAUAUUGAAAUGGGCUCUCACCCAAUUUCCUGUGAAAAGUGAUAAAUGCAAAGGACAUACUAUCUGUAAUUUGUUAAGUAAAUGUCUUUGAAUUCUCAGUUAAUUCUUAGUUACUCAUUUGUUGAAAUUAAUUCUAAUUCGGUUAUAUUCAAUGUUGUUAAGUUUUACGUCUUUAGUAAUGCAACUUUUUCAGCUUUAUUUUCAAGAUACACCAGUUGUACAUUAUUUUGUACAGAAAAUUGUAUGGUAUAACUUAUAAAAACUUUUGCAUAAUUGAUUUUUGUGUUUUGAAAUAUUAUUGAUGGUCUCAGCUGUUAAACGAUUUAAACAUUUUGAUUGAUUAAUUGCCUAGAAAUGUUGAAAUAUAGUUAUUUAUAUUAUCCUUGGGUAGAAUUAUACCUUCUGGUAUUUAUUUUUAAGUUAAUGGAAUUAAUCUUUCAUUGAGAUGUGAUCAAAAACAUUCCAGUGGCAGUUUUUUUUUGUAUUACUUUCUCUUGAAUGAUUGUUUAUUAAGACAUUAAAUUGUAUAAUUCGGUACUUGUUGAUUUGUGAUUAACAAUAUGGAAAUACAUAAUGAAAAAUGUCAACCUUGUAUUAUUGCAAUAACUAAUAAAAUAAGACUUGUUAUUAAAUACCUUGUAAAUUAAUAUUAAUAUUCCUAAGCUUUAAACAAAGACAUUGAUUUUGAAAAUAUGGUGUACUCAAGGUUUGUUUAUGAUCUAAGUAUUAAGGUUGAAAUCCUGGGUGGUUCUUUUUUUUUUUGAAUACUGAAGAGUGAUUACUUAUUGCUCUUAAUGCAGAAGUUUGUAAGUCUGAAGAAGUUGUGAAAAUUUGUAUUUCUGAUUUUUUAAAUUAUUUUUCUUGUAUUCUUUUCAAAACAAAUUUGAAUAUUUACAAAUUAAUGAGAAUUUUUCUUUAGAUACUCUAUUUAGGUGUAAGUGGAACUUGUAAGUUGGACUUUCCUCAUCUUAAAAGAGGAAGCUAAUUGUUUUGUUUAUCUUCGGGGGGAAUAAAUGUGCAGUGUUAAUUUACACAUUUCCGGAUUCUUGAUGUUUAGUGUUGGUGUUAGUAAAAUCUAUUAUGAACUAAUUUAGAAUAUAACCAUGUUGCUCUCACAGUUUUUAACUGUAGUGCACUUUAAAUCUAUAUUAAUUUCCUGUGUAUUUGCUGAGGAUGCACUGCUUAUUUUUAUUAAUCUUUAAUUUUUCAUCACUUUCUCCCUCUUUUGUACCUUCCAGAAAUAAGAGGACACAUUUCAUUAUGCUGUGUACCUUGUUCAUUUGUUUAAUUUAGAAUUGCAUAUAUCCAUCCUGAAUUUGCGAGUCAUUCUCUUCUCAUGUCAGUAAUUGGUGCGGAAAUUAUAUAGACAAUUUUUCAUUGAGCAUGUAAUUAGUUUCUUGAGAUAUUUAGAUUAAUUCAAUAGAAAAAUAUAACAUUUUUUAAUACAAAUAUCUUUUGCAAAUCUUUUGUUCGCUUAAUGUUGAAAUGGGGUAAGAUGAUGUAAAAUUUCAUAUGGGGAUGAAGAAUGGGAAAAAUAUUCAUGUAUUUGGUUUAUUCUGUUGAUAUAUGAUGUUUACUAUUUUCUACUUUCAUAUCUUAAUAGGUAUAUUAAUGGAACUGACUGGAAUAUGUGCCUAGAUACAUUUCAUCGCUUUAGAAGCCCGACUGUGUUGUAGCAAAGCUCAACCUUUCCUUAUAUUAAUUUUCUGAAAGUAGUUGUAAAUCAGGCUUCAUGUAUAAGCUUUAUACAGUAUUUUGUGAUAACUUAUGACUUCAAAAAAAUAUAUAAUGUGUUGUCUAGAAUCUUUUUGGUCACAACUCAUGCCACAAAUACAGUAUCAAGCUCUUGUUUCAUCUUGAACUGGAGUAUUUUUUUUAUAACAGUGUAUGUGUGGAUAACAUCAUUAUAGACUGAUGCGUGAAGUAGUUAUGGGCAUGAGUAUUGUGCUUAUUACCCACCUACUUCAAAUCUACUUUAACACCAAUUCUUUAAUGGUUGUCAGUAAUGAUGUGCCUUUUCUGCGUUCAGAGCUCACAUAUGUGUUUAUAAAGCAUUUGUCCUGAGCACUUCAAAAGCUGUUAAAAGUAAUUUUCUUGUAUGGCAAAUAAAAAUGUUCUUAUUGAAGUUUGAGUAUUGUACUGAAUCUAUUUACAGCCAUGUGAAUCCACACGUUUAUAAUUGUUUAUAGUUAAAUAAAUUAUUUAAGCAACCUUCAUUUGCAAUUUUUAAUACAUUGUGAAGAGAUAUACA